CGAUUAGAGACCACACUUACCACCUCAAGGAGCAAUCUUGUUGAGGUACCGCUCCUUCCUUCUGCCAGUUCCUCGCGCAUUCGUCUCGCAGCCACGACUCCACGGAGACAACGAUCGAGCUUUCACUCUUUGCUUCCCGAUCAGGAGCUCCCUUGAAAUCUGCGGAAGGGCGUGGGGGACACGAAGCAGAGGAGGAGGGAGAGUCGAGGAUAGGAGAGGCGGAACAUAGGUCUGUCGAUAGGAAAAGAUGGUGAAGGUUCGCAUGAACACGGCCGAUGUGGCCGCGGAGUUGAAGUGCCUCCGCAAGCUCAUCGGAAUGCGCUGCGCCAACGUCUAUGAUAUCUCACCCAAGACUUAUCUCUUCAAGCUGAUGAAUAGCAGCGGAAUUACAGAGUCCGGGGAGAGUGAGAAGGUGUUACUGUUGAUGGAAAGUGGUGUAAGGUUGCACACUACUCAGUAUGUCCGGGACAAAAAUACGACACCUUCUGGAUUUACUCUAAAACUGAGGAAACAUAUACGAACAAGAAGACUUGAAGAUGUUCGGCAGCUUGGAUAUGACCGUAUUGUUCUUUUUCAGUUUGGAUUAGGUAGCAAUGCUCAUUAUGUUAUUUUGGAGCUCUAUGCCCAAGGAAAUAUUCUUCUUACAGAUUCUGAUUUUACUGUAAUGACACUUCUCCGCUCACACAGGGAUGAUGACAAGGGGUUGGUGAUAAUGUCACGCCAUCGCUAUCCAGUGGAGUCUUGUCGUCUUUUUGAAAGAACUAACCUAAUGAAAUUAAAGUCAGCGCUUAUUCCUUUCAAGUCAGCUGAUGAGAACAAAAUUUCUGAGGCUACUGAAGGCACAAGUGACAAAUCUAAUGAUCAAAGCGGUUGUAAGAGCAAGAACUUGCCAGCCUCAAACAAGGAAGCCAGUAGUAAAAAUCAAUCAAAUAAAACUACAUUGAAGACCGUUCUUGGGGAGGCAUUAAGCUAUGGACCUGCAUUAUCUGAGCAUAUAAUUUUGGAUGCUGGCCUGCUUCCAAAUAUGAAAGUUGGUAAAGAUAUUGAUGGCAAAAUUAAUGAAGAUAAUUUUGAGGUUUUGGCACAAGCCGUCACAAGGUUUGAAGACUGGCUUGCCGAUGUUAUAUAUGGUCCUACAGUUCCUGAAGGAUACAUUUUAAUGCAGAGUAAAACUAGUGGGAAGAAGGAUCUUGUAGUCCCACAAGAGUCUGCUAUGGACAAGGUCUAUGAUGAGUUUUGUCCUAUUCUAUUGAACCAAUUUAAAUCAAGGGAGUGCAUGAAGUUUGAGACAUUUGAUGGUGCACUAGAUGAGUUUUACAGUAAAAUUGAAAGUCAACGAGGAGAACAGCAGCGGAAGGCAAAAGAAGAAUCAGCUAUGCAAAAGCUUGAUAAAAUACGCCUGGAUCAGGAAAACCGUGUCCAUGCACUAAAGAAGGAAGUUGAUUAUUCCGUCAAAAUGGCUGAAUUGAUCGAGUACAAUUUGGAAGAUGUGGAUGCAGCCAUUAUAGCUGUUCGUGUUGCUCUUGCAAAUGGUAUGAACUGGGAGGAUCUUGCACGUAUGGUAAAGGAAGAGAGAAAAUCAGGAAAUCCUGUUGCUGGUCUAAUUGACAAGCUCCGUCUUGAAAGAAAUUGUAUUACUUUGCUAUUAAGUAACAACCUUGAUGAAAUGGAUGAUGACGAGAAAACUGCUCCUGUUGAGAAGGUUGAGGUUGAUUUGGCUCUUUCUGCUCAUGCCAAUGCUUGCCGCUGGUAUGAAUUAAAGAAAAGACAGGAAAACAAGCAGGACAAAACCAUUAAAGCGCAUGAGAAGGCUUUCAAAGCUGCUGAGAAGAAAACUCGACAUCAACUUGCUCAAGAGAAGACUGUUGCUGCAAUUUCUCAUAUGCGGAAAGUGCAUUGGUUUGAGAAAUUCAACUGGUUUAUCAGCAGCGAAAAUUAUUUGAUCAUAAGUGGUCGUGAUGCACAACAAAAUGAGAUGAUAGUUAAGCGAUAUAUGUCCAAGGGAGAUCUGUAUGUGCAUGCAGACCUGCAUGGAGCUUCUAGUACUGUGAUCAAGAAUCACAAACCAGAUAAUCCAAUACCACCUCUGACAUUAAAUCAAGCAGGAUGUUUUACUGUCUGUCACAGCCAAGCAUGGGAGUCAAAAAUUGUUACAAGUGCCUGGUGGGUAUAUCCACAUCAAGUUAGUAAGACAGCUCCCACAGGAGAGUAUCUCACAGUAGGCAGUUUCAUGAUUCGUGGUAAAAAGAAUUUUCUUCCCCCGCACCCUCUCGUUAUGGGCUUUGGUAUUCUGUUUCGUCUGGAUGAGAGUUCCCUGGCAUCACAUAUAAAUGAGAGAAGGGUGAGAGGAGAAGAUGAGGGUCUUCAUGAAAUGGAAGUGGCGUCUCGCAGAGAGCAGAAUAAUUCUGAUUCAGAUGAGGAGAUUAUUAGUGAAGGAGACACAAAUAAGGAGUCAGAAAAUUACUUGAAUAGUGGUGGGGAUCAUCCUAGUGUGGAAGUAGAUAGUGCGUCUGGAGUUGAUGCUACUUCUAUUGCCUUAACUACCGACUUUAGGGCUCCAAAUCCAUCUGAGGAGUUUUCUCAAGAUGAUGCUGGCAACCAGAGAGAUCUUAAUGCUGGAAGCUUAUCUGGCAUAAAUGAUUCUAGUUCAUCCCAACUUGACCUUCUUCUUGAUAAGGCUCUUGGCCUUGGCCCUAGCCCUGCUAAGUUGUCAAGUAAAAGUUCUGGAUUGGAUUCAUACGAGUCAACUCCAGUGGAGGCUCAUAUAAAUGAUGACAAAAAAGCUGCAGGAAGGGAGAAGCCCUACAUAUCAAAAGCUGAAAGAAGAAAACUUAAGAAAGGCCAGAAGAGCACUGCCGAUAUAGUAGAUGUCUCCGAAGUAAAAGAGAACAAUGUAGACUUGCAGCUAGAUAGUAGUGAGAAGCUAAGGCCAGCUAAUCUGAAGUUUGCACGUGGACAGAGGGGCAAACAUAAGAAGAUUAAGGAGAAGUAUGCAGAACAGGAUGAGGAAGAAAGGAGAAUUCGAAUGGCUUUACUUGCAUCAGUUGGAAAAGCUCCCCAGAAGGAAAAGGAAUCAGAUAACCAUGUUGCUGUUGCUGGAAAAUUAACCAGAUCAUCGACUGAUGAACACGACUCUUCCAAAAUAUGUUAUAAAUGCAAAAAGGCUGGUCACCUGUCUAAGGAUUGUCAGGAAUAUACGUAUCAAGCUAAGCAAGCAAAUGGCAAUGUUUCUGGAGAUCCUCUGAGUGCAGAACCAGAUAAAGCUAAUAUUGAAAUGGAUGUGGCUGCAAUGGAGGAAGAUGGCAUCCAUGAUAUAGGAGAAGAAGAGAGAGAGAAAUUGAAUGACUUGGAUUAUUUAACUGGCAAUCCACUUCCUGGUGACAUUUUGCUCUAUGCAGUACCUGUCUGUGGACCUUAUAGUGCCUUGCAAACAUACAAGUAUCGUGUCAAAAUAACUCCAGGAACUGCAAAAAAAGGAAAAGCUGCCAAAACCGCGAUGAAUUUGUUUAAUCAUAUGCCUGAGGUGACGAACCGGGAGAAGGAACUUAUGAAAGCAUGUACAGACCCAGAACUGGUUGCGGCAAUUGUGAGCAAUGUGAAGAUAACAGCUCCAGGAUUGACUCAAUUGAAGCAGAAACAGAAGAAGGGUAAAAAAUCUGGCAAAGAUAAUUAGAUGUUGUGUAGAAGUUUUGCCUAGUGGAGUUGAAGACAUUCUGCAGGAGUGAUUCUAUUUCUCAAAAGAAGAGUGAUACUCAACUUGGUGUCUUCUAUUUUUAUGGUCUCUUUCCUGAGUUCGGGAGAUUUCAACACAUCUUUUUUUCUUCAAUACAAGGCACAAGUUUGCAGGUUCCUUGAAUUAAGAGGACAUGCAAAUUACAAGUUGUAUGUCGUUUGUCUCCUUUAAAUUCUUGUAAAAUGUCUAUUGGUCCAAACUACAAAAUUGGGUUCGUUCAGGGUUCGGCCCUAUAAUUAUGACGUGCUGUGUGUAGGCAAGUGCUUUGUGGUGCCUUGUUUAGUUUUGCUUGAAUAUUAGUUCAAAUGGUAUAAGGUUAAUUACAUAUUGUCUUUGUAGU